GAUGCCUACUCAAGGUCAGGAGAAGAAAACAGGUAUUGGAGCAGGAACAGGAACAGGAACAGGAACAGGAACAGGAACAGAGAAAUAGGAACAGGAGACAAACAGCUUCCUACGCAUCUCAUUACUUUCAACAAAUACACACUACCAUCAUGGCUGCUCCAGCAAUGCGUCCCCAGGGAUUGUCGCAAUUCAGGCGUAUUUUAAGAGAAGUCCAUCUACAGUACACUCAUCCAAAGGAACUCACAGGAAAGGGUCUUCAUGGAAUCAACAUUCACGCCAAUAAGGUCUGGACUGAGGCUCUGAAGGACGUCUUCCGCAAGCACGCCAACGAGACAGAUCCUGCCAGACUUAACAAACUUUAUACAGAUGGUGAGGACAUGGUAAUCUAUCUUGAGAGUCAGCGUAAACAUAAGGGUCUCGUUGAGAGAUACAAUCCCAGCUUCUGGGAUGAAGAAAAGGGUAUUCAAGUGGACAAGACAGCCAGGAUGGUGGGUUUUGAGAUGCCUGAAAAGUUUGAUGAGUCAAUGAAGGAUAAAGAAUGGAUCCCACCCCCUAAAUUCACAUUCAAGAAUAAGGCAGUCGGCGAAGCAGCAGCAACAUCCACUUCUGACAACUAUGAGGAACUGAAGGCUCCUGAAGAACCAAAGAAGCGCACUUAUCAGAUCCCUAAAGCCUUCGGCUUUGCUGAGCAGGCAGAAGAUGAUGUUGGUCGGGCUGGAGAUCGCAAGAUUAAGUAA